CAUCAGGUUGUUGAAUGUUGAUCGAGGGAAUGUUUGUGUAGAAGUAUGAGAUGUCCUGACGAAGUCUGGAAAUUGCAACUAUCCUGAUUGCGUAUUAAGACGCCAGGAUAACACGACACAGAAAUACAUGAAAGUUAAAAAAGAUCAAAAUCUGAGUACAAAAUGGCUUCAGGGGGAGGGAGUUCCAAUGGAAAAGGAAACGAUAAGCGUCUUGAAGAACACACAGUUGAGAGCCUGGCGGAGGUGUUCCGAUGUUUCAUCUGUAUGGAAAAGCUGCGGGAUGCCCGCCUCUGCCCUCACUGCUCCAAGCUCUGCUGCUUCUCCUGUAUAAGGAGAUGGCUGACAGAGCAACGGUCCCAGUGCCCACACUGCAGAGCAUCAUUGCACCUCCAUGAGCUGGUCAACUGCAGGUGGGCUGAGGAGGUGACCCAACAGCUGGACACCUUGCAGCACUGUGCCCCGCCCCCUCGCACAGACAACGUGGAGAAGGAUCACUGUGAAGAGCACCAGGAAAAGGUGACUGUGUACUGCUGGACAUGCAAGAUCUGUAUCUGCCAUCAGUGUGCCCUCUGGGGUGGAACGCAUUCAGGUCACACAUUCAAGCCGCUGGACUCGGUGUACGAGGAACAUGUCAAGAAAAUCACCAUGGACAUGACCCAGUUGAGACGGAAACAUGUGGAGCUCAUCAGCCUUGUGCAGGAUGUGGAGCGGAAUAUCGAGAGUGUGAAGAAUGCCAAAGAUGAGAGAGUGCGGGAGAUCCGCAAUGCUGUGGAGCUGAUGAUUGCCAGACUGGAGUCUCAGCUGAAGAGCAAGCUGAUGACACUCAUGGGUCAGCGGAAUCAGUUGUCCCAGGAGACAGAGAUGUUGGAGUCGGUCAUCCAGAAGGUCAACCACAAGCUGACCAUCAGCAGCAAGAGUGAGCUCAUCCAGGAGACCAAGGAAUUGCUGGAGCUCUUCCGUCAUGUCCAUCGCCGGCCCAUGGGGUCCUUUGUCACUGCCCCUGUACCUGCUGACUUCACAAGUGAGAUAGUCCCUCAGUACGACACCAGCACGUUUGCCAUGAAGAACUUCAGUGUGUUGCGGCAGCGAGCCGACCCCUUCUACAGCCCCCCACUCAACGUGUCCGGCCUCAGCUGGAGGCUCAAGGUCUACCCGGAUGGUAAUGGUGUUGUAAGGGGGAACUACCUAUCUGUCUUCCUAGAGCUGUCAGCUGGCCUCCCAGAAACAUCCAAGUACGAGUACAGAGUGGAGAUGGUGCACCAGGCUUCUCGAGACUCAAGCAAGAACAUUGUACGAGAGUUUGCCUCCGACUUUGAAGUUGGUGAGUGCUGGGGCUACAACCGAUUCUUCCGCCUCGAUCUGCUGGCAAGUGAGGGUUACCUGGAUACAGAGAACGACACUCUCAUCCUCCGCUUCCAGGUCCGACCUCCAACCUUCUACCAGAAGAGCAGGGACCAGCAGUGGUAUGUGGGAAUAAGACUGCAAAUAGCUGUCCUACUGUAUAUACAGCAAAUCAAUGAUCUCAAGGAGCGACUCCUGCUAGAAAUGUCUAGAAACUCCACGGGGAAGAAAACUGGCAACGCAGGUAUGGAGAUGAACAGCUGCAAUGUAUCCUCUCCCCACCACCCAGUGCUCCACCCGAAGCCUCGACACCCCCGCCCCACCGCGGAGAUGGACGUUGAGCAGACCGACCUGGAACAUGAGGAGGAGUCUGACACUGACUCUACCGAGUCUAACGAGGGGCUGAGUGAAGGUGAUAUUGACGAUCUGGAUGACAUCCAUGAGGAAAGUGAGGCUGAUGGUGGCCAGGAGAUCGCUGUUGACAACAGUAACGAUGAGAACGACAUUGACGAGGAAACCAUGUCUGUUGACAAUGAUGUUGAGAUCUGGGAGGAGAAUGACCUCGACCGUCUUGGCGCCUCAGCCGCUGUCCUCAAGUGUACAAACAACCUGUCGGGACCAGAGAAGAAGCAAGAUGAUGAAGCAGUAUUACUACAGUUUUUAGAAAGCCACACAACAGACUUGGACAGAUGGGGCCUGUCCUCCAUGUCAGCUUCAGGUAGUUCAGAUGGACUGGCAGACAGUCCCCGGUCAGUGCAGAAUCUCCUGGAGGGAAUCCAGGCUGAGUGGAAUCUGACGAAUCUUUCAAAGGAUGAGAACAAAAACAAAGGGAGCCGUAAGGACAAGCAGCCAUUGCUAGGCGACUCCACUCCGACAACGGACGACAUGCUGGAGCACAUCCAUGCCAGGUUCUCCGAGCUCGCUGCCACCACCAUCGCUGUCGCCAACUCCGCUGUCACCAGCGAAACUGAAGCCAAGAAGUACAGAUCAGCCAAGAAGAGCAAAAACCCACUGAGUGCUAUAGUGCAGCCACUGCGGAACUCAUUAGACGAGAAGACAGUGUCCCGGCCAGACUCUGGGAGCAACAUCCCUGACAAGAAGGAGAAGAUUGAAGACUCUCUUCUGGGUUCAGCUGUAGAUCUCAACACUCCUGCCGUCACCCACGAUGAGUCCCUGUCUCUCAAUCUGGCUGACUUUACCCUGGAAGAGAGUAACCUGCCAGAACUGACUCUCUGCCUGGACAGAACAGGAGCAGCCAAUACAAGAUCCAGUAAACCUGAGAGUGACAAGGGGGACAAGAGGAAGGUGGCGUUCAAUCAAGGGGAUCUCAAGUACAAAAGACACAGUGUCCAGUCACAACUGGUCGUUCAACUACCUGAAGAGCAAGAUGGAGAAGAUGGACAAAUGCGCCACCCUCACCAGACAGCAACACUCCGGACCAUUUAGACGGAGCCAGUAACCAGAACGAGGGACGACUUGCUCCCAAUGGGAACUCGCGUCAGGAGGAGCAGGACCUCAAGUAGAGUUCAGUACACAGAACGUCAGCAAAGAUAGACCUGAACCCCCAGAUGACCCAUCUGUUGUAUGAUGUCAGCCUCGGAUGUAUCUUCUGCAUCCUUGACGUCGUCGCUACAUUCAGCAUGUGCCAUCUCGGACAACAUCACUACAGUGGACCAUAUACAAGGCUAUAUCAUGUUGCCAUGGGGGCAGGGGAGGUUAUGCUCGGAAUCAAACCGGAACUUCCUGCGGUGAAUCCUGACUUUGAAUAGCCUUGUUUAAUUAGUUCAGUAUAUAUGUCUGAAAGCUUUUAGGUACAGUCCGCCCCC